UAACACUUAAUGAUACAACAUUUAAUGAUAGUCAUAGGCUACAAAUAAGCAACCAGGAAACAAUAUCAGUAUAAACCAUAAGGAUACAAGCAACAAAGUUACAGUCAUAAGUGGAAGGAAAUGGGUAAUGGGAACAAUGAGAAGAUUAAAAGUAGUGCAGAUUGGAUGUAUCUAUAUCACAUAUUAGAACUGUGCAGGGAAUGCUUUUCCCUGUCAUAGUUUAUUGAAGCAAAAGUUGGAAGAAGCAGGAUUAAAAAAAAGUAUUGAUGUUUUUUGAACUUUGGUGUUGGAGAAAACUUCCAAGUACCAAAACAAAAGCAGAAACCAAAUGGAUCAGUGAAGAAAUCAACUCAAAGUUCUCACUCAAGGUACAAAUGACCAAGUUCAAAUUAUCCUACUGUGGGCAUCUUAUGCAAAGAUCUAGCUCUCUGGAGAAGUCUACCAUGGUGGGAAAGUUGGAAAGGAAAAAAAAGGGAUGAUUAGGAGCAAAAGUGAUUAGUGAACCAGGAGAAAGACAGAUCAUCAUGGAGAAAACCCAUGUGGUCACCAAGAGUGACUUGAUAGAACAUAAUCAAUCAGAUCCUAUUUAGUGGUGUGAUAUACUCUUGAACCUCUUUUGCAGUGUUGGACUAUUGGGUACCUCCCGUGCAGCCAUUGACAAUAGUAGAUGGCCCAAUUACCGUAUCUUAAGUUGUAACCAGCAUCUUUGGUUCUUAUAGUCUUUUGUUGCAUAAUCAUACAGGAUGAUCAGCUGGUGAUGCACUACUAACAGGGAAUUUCUGUAUACAGUAUUGUUGAACGCUAUAACACCAUCACUCCCUAAAUUUGGAAACAUGACUCUUCUUCAGCUGACAGAGAGGCAGAUGUGUGAGAGAGUAUGUGAGAGAGAGAGGGGUAUGUGCAAAAAAAUCAACAUUUGUUUUAGAAGAGAACAGUGGAAACAUUAAAGUUGUGCAUUUCACAGCAGAAAAGAUAUAUACUGCUGAAUGGAGAACAAAAUCAAUUUAUAACCUAUGGCAUUCUUAAUGUCAUGAAAAGAAACACUGCCAUAAAUUUGGCUAUCUGGAUUGCCACAUCAUUCUCUGCAUAGCAUCAUAUUAACCAAAUGUAUUGUUUUCAUGGGUUAGGAAGCUAAUAGUUUCAACUGGAUGAUUGUUCAAUGUCUAGCCAAUGGCUUUUGCGGCUUUCCAGUUUUCUUUAGUGAAGAUCCCAGCAACCCACAGUGGUACCUGCCGAUAAGAGUUACUUUGUUAUAUCUAUUUCCAAACACUUUGGUUUCUUAUGCAAGUGGGCAUUUUCCCCAUCACAGCCAAGCAUAGUUCGCAGGAUUGAAGAUCAAGAGCUCGGAAAAUUCGCCACAUUUGGUAUGCUCUGCUAUUUUUGUAGAUUUAUGGUCUCUGCCUUUGCCCUUUUCUCCUCUCCAAUUCCAAACCCAUUUGGAGAUAUUUGAUUAGGAUUAAGGUGGUGGAGAGUUUCAGGAGGUACAAGUCUGAGUGAGUUACAACUGUAAAUGGUAAGUCAAGUUGCAAGGAGAUUCCUGCCAUCUGACUCUUGACUGUUGUCUUGUUUGUCUGCUGCUCAUUGAUUUUGCCAGGAGACAUCACUACCUCUAAGGCGCGCGCGCACACACACACAAUCUCCAAACCUAGUUUCAGUUCUAGUAAUUACUGGCCACUGAAUGUCAUUGUCAGGACCUGCUGUUCACUGUCAAGAACCAGGCUACACAGUCUGUAGGAGCAAUAAAGCCUCUUGGCAUAAUUCAAGCAGCACUGUAGCUGCUUCAGGAAAAAAAAGUUAUAUAUACAACAAAAAACCAGCAGUUUCAGCAGCGGGAAAAGAAUGUGAUAUUUGGUUUUGCAUUCAGCUUUGACAGAGGAAUAAUAACCACAAAUCAAUUCUCCUUCCCCAAAUGAAGAAAACAGGGAGAGGGAGGAAGUCUGGAAUGUUCUCUUGCCCAUGUCCCUAGCACCAGUGCCAACCCUGGACUCAGGAAUCAUAUUUGGUCACAGACGUGUCACAGGGCACAAUUUAAAAACAAAUAAAUCAACAGGCCAUUCAUGACUAAGUCAUUGAAGCUCUGUCUGUUUUAUGUGUGAAGUAUUUUAAUUGUUAGAGCUGCCCUCUUGACUCUGCAGCUGCCUCUGGUUAGUCAAUUCGAUCUAUCCUAUCUGACUUGUGAUAUCCAGGCUUCUCUGAAAAUGCUGUUCACAUGUAGGUCCCGGUUCUACAGGUCACAGAGGUGCAACUAUCUAAACGUCACCGAGGUACCCUGUUCUGAAUUACAUUACAAAUUUAUCUGCUAUAUUCCUGGUGAUCCUGUGCAAAGGGCACCAAUUCACACCCAUUUUCUUUUUUUGGAAAAGAAGAAGUGGCAAACAAACAAAGGAGACACCCAAUCUACCCAUGGAGCUCUUCUUGGUUCAAACGGUGCCAGAGAAAUAAAAUUUAUCUCCAUAAUGGAAAAAGACGAAUGAAUUCAAACUUGCUUUUCUAUGCAACUGUGCCACCAAUGCGCGCGGGGUGGGGAUAUAUUUGGGGGUGGGGGGGCAAAAUAAGUUUCGUUGUAAGGUAUGGGAUGGUUCCACUUCCGAAGUUUCAUUCGGAAGAAGAGAACGUGAGAAAGUUCGUUCAUUCCGAAGUACAAGUGAGAGCAGACACCGCCCUCUCAGCGCUGGGACUACCCCUUCCACCCCCCACGUGGCGCUUUCAGGAGAGCAGCGGCUCCUGGGGAAGCCGCAAGGGUAACCCCGGCUCGUCCGGAGUCUGGCAGCGAUAUCAGGGGCGGGCGGGUCGCGGGGUGGGGGCGGCAGAAGGUGGUGCUUAAUCUUCGGCCGCCCGCCCGCCGAGCUCUUUUCCCUUUCCACGGAGGAGCGGCUGCUCCGCCAGUUCACCGCGAUGAUGGACGAGGCGGGCCAUGGAAGCACGCGGCCGACCCCGCUGUUGGAUAACAAGGGACAGGAGGCGUCGUCUCCGCCGGUCUUGGGCGAGGGCCCGGCCGUCUCGGCGGUCAUGUUCACGGCCGGCGUGCUGGGCAACCUGACGGCGCUGGUGCUGCUGCUGCUGGCUCGGCGCCGUCGGCUGGCGCGGCGGGAGCGCCUGGCGCCUUUCCACGUGCUGCUGAUGGCGCUGGUCUUAACCGACCUGCUGGGCACGUGCCUGCUGAGCCCGGUGGUGCUGGCGGCCUACGGGCGACAUCGCAGGCUGAAAGAGCUGGACAAGCGCCUCUGCGACUACUUCGCCUUCUCCAUGAGUUUCUUCAGCCUGGCCACCAUGACCUGCCUGGGCGCCAUGGCGCUGGAGCGCAGCCUGGCCAUGGCCGCGCCUUACCUAUACGAGCGGCUGCUGAGCGGCCGGCCCCUAGCGCUGCUGCUGGGAGCCCUGCCCGCCCUGUACGGCCUGGCCGCCGCCUUCUGCGCCCUGCCGCUGAUGGGCUUCGGCAGCUAUCAGGAGUACUGGCCGGGCACGUGGUGCUUCAUCCAGAUGCGUUCGACUGGCAGACCCUUCGCGCUGCUCUACGCUUCGGUGCUGCUGCUGCUCAUCCUGGCCGUCCUGCUGGGCAACCUGGUGGUCAUGGUCAGCCUCUGCCGCAUGUACCUGAGGCGCGCGCACUCCCGCCUGUCCGCCGCCUGCCGCGGCCCCACGCUGGGCGCCUGCCGCCAGCCGGAGUCUCGCCGGGAGCGCGCGCACGGCGCCUGGAGACCCUUCUCCAUGUCCGAGGAGCUGGAUCACCUCAUCCUGCUGUCCAUCAUGACCAUCAUCUUCGCCGUCUGCUCCCUGCCUUUUACGAUCCAUGCCUUUAUGAACAGUUUUAUUAAAGAAGAUAAAAAGGAUCUCCUAGUGAUGCGGUUUCUGUCUGUUAAUUCCAUUGUGAACCCCUGGGCGUUUGUCAUCCUGAGACCUCCUAUCCUUCGGCUAGUGAGAUCCAUACUGUGCUGUCAGAUACCCUUAAAAUCGCAACCGAAGAAUAGGCAGAUGCCUGUGGAACAGAUGGACAAUUGCAGACAAUAGAGCACGGACUCAGAGAAGGCAUUCAGGUGCCCAUUUCUCAUGGUUCCUCCGGGAAAAUAUGGAACUGCAACUGGAAUUGUAGCAUGAACUCAUUUCCUGGGGUCAUCACUCAGCUAUAGCUUCCAUGAUUCUGAGCUGUGUUCUCGUUCAUCGGAAGGAGAUCUGAGAGGACUCUCCAAAUUCACUCAAUCCUAAAUAUUUCAGUCUUAGCUGCAAGAGAAUAACAAAUGGGCUCAAGAAGCAGAUUGGAAGGAGCUGCCUUUUGCCAAUCAUGACAAUGCUUUAUCUUGCUCCAUCUUGUUGCAGUUUUUAAGGAAGCUCACCAUAUUUCAGGUUGGGAUUUUUCCCAGCUCUACCUGCAGAGUGUCCACAGGAAUGAUCCAAAAAGUCAAGAUGGUGGCUCAGAUGAUGCAAUAAGAGCUUCAUCUUUUUUUUUUUUAAUGAGUGUCAUAUCUACAGAGCUUCAAUCGCACUGAUGCAGAAACAUCUUGAUUUGUUUGACCAUAAACCAUGGUUAUCUCCUGUGCUUUCUCUCCAGGAGUGGUGCAACAUCUAGAGAUGCACACCAUGCAUGGGCCUGGGACCCCAGAAAACCUAGGAUGCAAAGUUGUCACUGAACUGUAUUUUUUACAUCUACCAGAGGGGGGAAAAAUCAAUACUUAACUUAUUAAUUAAGCAAUUUAUUUAAUUUAUUCUUUAAUUGCACAUAGGUGAAAUAAAAUAAUCAAACUUUUUUAAAUCCUGACCUAGCUUUUUUUUGGGGGGGGGGGAAUGCCCCAUAUAGGCCAAAGCUGGCCUUUGUCAUGAAAAGCUAUGGCCCCUUAUAGUAGCACUUGGAUUUUUUUAAAAAAAUAAACCUUGGGAUACACUAACUGGGCUGCGGACAUCCAGGUAAAUACUUGGUGGAACAAAUAUAUUUUUCCGUAUUUCUCUGUUAUCUAGUAGCUUUUUGGAUUUUUUCAUCUCAGAUAUGAUAGAACUUAGGUGUUUGUAGAAUUUGAUCAUAGAAUGAAGAUGACAUCCGUGGCAUAAAAAAAACCAAUUGGGACUUCGCUACCAUCCUUACUUCAUGAUCACACCAUGCAGACAUUCCUGAGAGCUCUAGUAAAGUUUUACACUAUUCCUUUCAUUUUCACAUUUCUGUUAUCUCCCUGCAUUUAAAUAGUUCAGAAAUAAGGCCCAUUCAAUUUAUUACCAGAUAUAUGAGUUUAGCAUUACAGCCACAGUUAAACAAAUGAUCAAUCAGAUCUGUUUUCCUUAAUGAGGGAGACAAAUUACCCUGCGUCAUUAAGUCAGUGCUGUGGGUUUAAGUGUGUUGCCCAUAAGCCACCUGCAUAUCAAAUCAAACAGAAGCUAACAUGUAGAAUUUGCUUCUUUUCUACAAUCAUAAAGAAUUGAUAUUAAUGAACUCACAAACAAAACAUUAGUAAAUGCAAUGACAAAAUCUAAUCAGCAUUUGUGGCCUGUAACAACUGACACAUUUAUUGUAGCAUUUUAUGUUUUAUGAACUGCAGGCCACCUCAUCAAAUAUAUGAAUAUAUAUCAAGUGACCAGUAUAUAUAAACUUCUAAUUGAGAGGGGAGAAAUGCAAAUGGCACAGCUGAUGAGAAUAUAUCAUACAGAUAUAGUUCAUAAAAGUUAUUUAUUGGUAUAGGAUAUUUACAAAAUAGAUGCAGAGAGAUAUGUGUGCAUUGAUGAGUUAAUUUACACAAAUUGUGUGUGUGUUUUAAAAAGAAAUCUGCUCUGCUUUAUUCAAGUCAUAGGGCAUGGAAUGAGCCAGAUGUGUAAAAGUAACCAUUAUGCUUAUUCCGGGUAAUGGAAUAACAUUUUUCUAAUAAAAAGUUGUCUUCACAAAUUUAAUUGUGCCUUUGUUCUUUUCUGUAGUACAUCUGACUCAAUUUUAUACACUUCUUUGGAGGAAUGGAAUGUUUAAUAAAACAAUUGUAAAGUUCAAUGCUCUGACAAAAAGACCACAACUA